ACGUUGAGACUCGGCGCUGUAUCUGCAGAUUCGUCAAAUAUAGAGACAAAGACGAUUAUAAUAUUUGGUGCAAAAGGAACUGGAAGGAUUGCGGUGGUUGAUGGUAUCAUGAAUUAUGCCCUUUCUGUUCACUGGAACGAUUACUUUCGAUUUACAGUGGAAAACAAGUACAUGAAGGCUGGAGAAGAGUGGAUAACAUGUUACAUUCUAAACCCCGAAAAAGGAAACCGAUUGACAUAUCAGUUGCAAGUUAUAGUUAUCCCUGGGUUUGGCGAUGCAAGUUGUACAGAAAACGAAAAUGUAAUUACACAAAUCCGUCAAUUGUUUGUUGAGAUGUCCGAGAAGUGUGACCCGUGUAUUGCAGCAAUCUGUCUCGUAGUCGAAGCAACUGGUGGUGUACGGCUGACAGAUCAGCAGAGGUACACAUUGCAGCUGAUUCUGUCGUUAUUUGGAAAAGACUUUCAAACAAAUAUAUGCACCUUUUUGGUAUCGGCAGAUAACAAACAUCCCAUUGAUUUAACUGCAUUGGAAGAAUCCAAACUACCGUUGGGAAAUAUUUUUUAUCUUAACCAGUUUCAUCAUUUUUCAAGAUGUAUGGCUCAUCCUAGUGCAGUUCUUCUUAAGAAAUAUUGGAGCGUACUCGUCACAACUAUCAGCGAGUUCUUUGCAUUUGUAGAAAAUGUUGCACCAUGCACACUUCAGCUAACGCUUACGAUAUUAAACGAGCGAAUUUCCGUAAUGGAAGUCAACAGAAAACUUCAGAAUGAAAUUGAAAGCGUCUCUACACAAGUUCAACGACUCCAGGGAGAUGUAAGACAGAAACAGAAGUACGAACAUGAAAUGAAACAAAAUGAAAAUUUUGAGGUCGAGGUAAUGAAAAUGAGAGUAGACACAGAACGGUUACCAGCUGGAAGAAAAGAUGUAACAAGCUGUCUCACUUGUAGUUAUACUUGCCAUGACGACUGCUGCGUCCCUGAAAAUAAAAAGGAAUGUUCAGCGAUGGGUGAAAAUGGCUUCUGCAAAGAAUGUCCCAACAAAUGUCAUUGGUCUCGGCAUACCAAUACACCAUUCGUUUUCAAAUAUGUUGAAGUAAAGACAAAGAAAAUCAAUUAUCAGAUGCAAAUGAGAUAUUCAACAGCUCAGAGUCGAUUUUCAUCACAGAAGGCGGCCGUUGACGCUAGUAAAAAAUGCUUACGUUCGGAUCUAAACCGACUUAAUGCCAAGAUUACUGAUUUUAAGAGGACUAUACAAACAAAAAACGAAAACGCCCUUCAGCAAGAUCCGCAAUCGGAGUUCAUUGAUACAGCUGAUAGGUACCGUAGUAGUAAUUGGACUGGAAGUAAUACACAAACAUUAAAAAAAUUUGAAGAAAUAAAAAAGAUGUCUGAAGAUGUUUGUGACGAGAAAGAGUUUGGCGAAAACCUGAUACGCUUUUUAGAUAGGACAACAGAUGACACGAUGAAGGAAUCUGCAUGUUCCUUAUCUUAAGAAAGUUGGAAAUUACGAUUAAACAGAAAGUUUUCUAUAAACAAUAUUAAGAUUACUGCUUUUCCUUUGCAGACCAGGAAAACAUCUUUUUUUUUUUUGUCUUUUGUUUUGUUGCACUUGCCAGGUAACUUUUAAGUAUUCUUAACAAAACUAGCUGACGUUAAGUAGAAAAAAAGGCCAGAAAAUAUACACACUUCUAAAAUCAUAAUAUAUUCUAUGAACUGCAACACGGGUUCCUUAAAAGACGGUCCUGUGAGACCUAGCUCAUUGCGUUUUGAGGUAAUCUAGCAAACCAAUAUCUCAAUACGUAAUCAAACCGAUCUUAUCCUGCUCGAUUUCAGUAAAGCCUUUGACAUGUUCAGUCACUUAAAACUACUAUACAAGCUCCAAGAACACGGUGCUUGCGACCAAGUCGUUUCUCGGAUACAGUCAUUCUUUAAAAGCAGAUCCGUAGUCAGUAUUAUAUGCGGGUAUUGCGUCUCAUCAAGUCCCCGUCACGUCCGGUGUCCCCAAGGGAUCUGUUCUGGGAAUCUUUAUGGGACAUGGAAUGUGUCCUAGUGAAUGUCAGGUCCUCCAUAUUAAACGCAACAAGGAACGCAUAUAAUUCCCUUAUAAUCUUCAUGGUCAAACAUUGUCCCAAGUUAAAGAUGCCAAAUACCUUGCUGUCGACGUCAGUCACGAUCUUAGCUGGAACACACAUAUCUCCAGAAUCACAACUAUUGCAAACAGAAAACUAGGUUUCAUCAAACGUAACAUUAAAACAAAACAUGAAAGCAUCAAAACUCUAGCAUGCAAGACAUUGGUCAGGCCUCAGCUUGAACAUGCCGCAUGUGCAUGCUCACCACAUACACAGGUAUGUUCACAAAUAUUCAAAGUUCAAUAUUCAUAUAUUCACAAGAUGGAAAUGGUCCAGCGACGCACGAUAAGAUCACUCCGAUCAGAUGGGUCAAGAAAACACACUUGACUAGCGCACGCUUGAGAAUAGACCUCGAAAGACCCUAUUCUAUAAGAUAUACCAUGGCCUUGUAGCUAUCUCCGUCCCUAAUUACUUACAAGCACCUACCAUGUUAACUAAACAUAUACAUCCCUUAAGUCUUUGUCAAGUCCAUGUCAGUUCAGAAUACUUGAAAUACUAGUAUUCCUUUUUUCCCCAUACCACAGUCUUGUGGAAUAAAUUUCCCUCAAAUAUUGCAACCCUGUCUGACCUCGAGUCCUUCAAGCAGGCAGUAGAUCAGCUCAGUAACUAAGUAAACUGCAAUUGCUUUUGUCUUCUUACUUUGUUCUUUUUUAAAAUUAUAACAAAACUCAUCACUAUCACAUUCUUACUAUUACUGUCUUCAGUUUUUAUUCUUUUAUUCUGUACUAAUCAUCGACGCACACCCUGCCCAUAAUACUCGCGAGGUGUGAGGCAGUAUAAAGAGAUAGAUAGAAGAGUCACUGGUAAAAAGCACCAGUAGGGAUUUAAAUCGGUUAAUGGUACACCAGACACCACUCUUUACCCCCAACAACUGCCAAAGUUACUGGACAGUGUGAUAAAAAAAAGUUAUAAAAGUCAUUAUAUGUGCGGUAUGCCAAAGAAAUGCUGCUGAUAACUUUUGCGCAAAAAUCUUCAUGUACUUCUCUGUACAUGUUUGUAUUUUGUUGAUACUGCACUUUUAGAAUUUUUUAAUUAAAAUUGUAUUUCUUAUUUAGAGUAGGCGAGUCAUAUCACAACUGUAAAUUGUCUGUAAAAUAACAUGACCGGUGAAUAACGAUGCCGGAGUAUUUAACCAAAAAAACAAAAAGAACAUAACAUUCAAAAGUUUAAAUACUAUGUUGAAGUAUAACUCAUUUUACGCCUUAUCUCCCUUGUAAAGUAUGUUUGUCUUUUAUACUAUGCUAUCAUAUUUGAGUACAUCUGUUUACUGUUGUGACAUUUUUCAAGUUUUCUGUAAUUUACUUCCUGGUGAGGCUUUGUUUGCUAUUAUUUGUUACAUGUACUAUGUAAUUUGUAUAUAUAUUUUAAUGUGCUUCAUCUUUCAGAUAGUAAAGAAAUGCAUCAGACCAUUUUCCGUUUAAUAAAAAAAAAAAACAUUUAAGGUACUUCUGCACGUUCGGAUUAAAUAUUUUCAAAUCUAUAUUUGAUUAAACCGUGUUUUCUUUUCAAACUUCAGAAUAAACUUUGUUAAAUAAAAAAGUAAGGGUAGUGUGUAGAUCUAUGAAGUUUGUUGCAAUUAUUAGAGAAAAAAACUGGAUCUCGCACAAGUUUUCAUAAUCGGCGUCAACGGGGAAAGCACAAUUUUGAUAACAUUUUCACUAACAGAAAUUAUUCUGCAAUGUAGAUUUUAAUGAAAAUUCUCAAAUUCGUAAAUAAACAUGGUGUGUAAUGUGGAGAAGAAAUAUAUAGGCUCGUCUCCUUGUUUUCAUAUUAAGAUAUGUGUCCAUGAUGAAAAAGAGAUCUGCAUAUUACACGAUGAUAAGGCAUUAUUUGGACCUAUUUCACGUGUCAAACUUUUUGAUACCAUAGUGUGUCUUUAAGCUGGACACUGCUAAAUCCGGCUGUUCUUUAUUUCAUAUAAAAAUGCACUUACUUUAUAACGGUUUUUCAACAUUUACUAGCAUAUCAAAUUUUCAGACACUUAUAUUCCCAUAGAGAGCUAUAUCGCUACUUUAGAAAAAGAAAAAGAAAAAGGGGUGUUAACUUUUAUAUAAGAACACUACAGUUCGUUAAAUGCAGCCCGCAGAAUUUACUCCUUUUCGCUUCUUUCAAUUUCUUUUUGGAGACAUUAAAUCCAUACACCGCCAUUUUUACCUAGCAUGCGAUAGGAAAAUGCCGAUUUCAAUAGAAUGCAAAGUGAUACAUACUGAAACGCUGUAAAGUAAAAGUAAACACGUUUCUCCAGGAAAGGAAAAACGAUUAGCACUAUUUAUAUUUGGAGUUGUGACAGAGCUACGGAGGCUUACAUUUAUUUUGGUAGUGAUCAGCCUAUUAAAAGGCUUUACUUUUUAUUUCAACUCAUUUAGAUUUGAAGAUUGAAUACUGCUUAAGCCGGUGCUAGGGGGCGUGGGCAGUGUUGCAUUUUCCAUUACUGCUCAUGAACAAACUCAAUCAAACCGAGUCUGCAAUUUUCACAGUUGCUUCGAUAUCCGGACCAAUGACGUGAUCCAAUUACUUCCGGUUUACCAGACAUGCAGAACUACCUUAAACGCCUGCCAAUUCAAAAUAAGCCGGUUAAAUUUGGUAGAGGUAGUCUUCAGUGUUCGGGUGGACCUAGAUGCAAGAAUCAGCUUAUUAUUUUGCACUUGUUUGUUUUUUGAUGACUUAUUUGUAUAGUCUAUAAGUAUUUUACAAUGAACUUGUAAAAAUGCUAACAUGUGCAUAUCCAUAUUUGUUACAUUAUAUGUAACAGCAUGUCUUUUGUCAUCGUAAAAUUUUUCAUCGUAAUACAGACUGUACAGUUAAACAUCCAGCAUGUUGCAUUUUCUUAUAUUCUAUUUACUUUGUUAUAAGUGUUAAAUUUGUAGGUGCGAUAAUGCAUAUUAUGCAUGUUAUAACUUGUAAUUUCAGAGCUUUGAAAUAUACUGUACAGGGUCCUAUUUCCAAAGCUCUAUUCAAGAAAUACAUGUACGUGUAUAUGACUCGGUUAUGCCUUCUUGCCAUCACGGCACACAUAGAGUCAUAAUUGCCCGAGGGCUUUAUCUAUGAAACUGGGUUUGCCAUAUGGCUACAAGGCACAACCAGUCGUUUACAGACCUUUUAUUAUAUAACUUCGCUUCAUAUUCAUCUUCGUAUUUUCAUUUUAUGUACUUAUUGAUUUUUUCAUCAACAAUGUCAUCAUUAUUUGACAAUCGAUUAGAAAAUGAUUCAGAUCCGUUUCACGCGCCAUAAUGAUGUUGCUACAUGACGUCAACGACACAACGCACUGACGUUCCGGUUACCCGGGGCCAUUAAGAUAAUAUGGCGCGUGAGACACACUGUGCAAUUACGAAUCCGUCCAUAUCGGCCGUUAUGACCGUUUUAACGGCAUUUUAUUACUAUUACUAAGAGGUUAAUAUACGGCUUGGUUGUGCCUUCGACACACCUAGUAUCAUAAAUGCCCGUGGAUCAUUAUAAAAAUAGAUUUGCCAUUAUGGCUAGAAGGCACAAGUAGCUGUUUAUUGACCUAUUUUAUUAUAAACAUUCGCUUCAUAUUCAUCUUGGUAUUUUCAUUUUACAUGUACAUAUUUUUUCUACAAACUUACGGGGCCUAAGCAUCAUUUGUAUUGAUUUUUUCAUCAACAGUGGAAUCGAUAUUUGACAAUCGAUCUGAAAAUGAUCCCUUUCAUCCGCCAUAAUAGCGUUGCUACAUGACGUCAACGUUUUUUGUCAAUGACCUAAUAUUUAUUGUUAAAAGGUUUGCCCGAAACGACUUCUAUCAAACUGUUACUGGACUCAAACGCGAGCUCUCAAGUCACGCCACCAGAAAGGAUUUAAAUUUAAGGAGUGUCCAUGCAAAUCGAAACUGAACAGUCAGAGGACAGUUACUUUAUAUGCAUGUAUAAUAACAUUCUUAUCCAUUGAAAAUUAUGACGGUUCAUUUUGUAUGAACAGCAAAUGGAAAAGUGCCCAGUUGCAACAACGCUGCUCGCCGUUUUG